AUUUUUGCAAUCUUGGAAAUAUUUGUGAAUUCAUAAAUUGCAUUGUAAUUGUUGGACACUUUAAAAAUCUAUCAAAAUUUAAGUGCUGUGAUUUCAAUAAUUUGAAAAACAAUUUACAUUGUUGGAUUUCACAAACUUAAAAACAUACUAGCUAGUUGUACGUUAAUCACUCAAGGUAAAAUAAGGAAUCAAAACUUAAGUAUGGAAGACAAAGACGCAAGUCUUGUAGCUGAAGAUAAAUGUGUUGAUCUGAGCAAUAGCCCUGAAAUGAAGCAGGAAAAGCAUUGUGUAAACACUGAAAACAUGUUUUUGUUGGAGGAUGUUCGUGUAGUAGAAAUUGCCACUGUAGAUAAAUUGGAUAAAAUUGAGACUAGUCUAUUAAACCUUAGCGAUAGUGAGAAUAAUAGAAUUAGUUCCAAGUCAACAGAGAAACAAAAAAUCUCUAAAGAAGAUUCAAAAACAAUUUUUAGCAAAUUUAACACUUUAAAAGAUUGUUCAUUUUCACAAGAGGUAAUUUCAAAUGUACAACAAAAAAUAAGUGCAAGUUUGCAAGAUUUCUAUUUGGAGAUAUCGAACCUACCAAAAGAAAGCAAUCUAAUGGGAUUUGAUUUCAAAAUGCCUGCUACUGAAGUGGUGACACCUACCAAAGAAGCCAAUAGUGGAGACACUGGUGUUGACUCUAUAUCACCUCCAUAUUCCCCUACAAAAACAAAUCUCUUACUUUCAGAACAGUCAUUUAACUUAAGUGAAAAAAACGCUACUGAAGUUGAUACUUCUAAUGCUGAAGUGUCUAUUUCCAUUGCCCAAACAUUUUGUAAAUGUUCUUUUGGAGAAAUUAGUAGCAAAGCUACUAUGUCGCCUAUUACUUUGUUCUCGUCAACAAAAGAUCCAUUUUACCACAUUGGUAGAUUUUUAGAAAAGUUAAAAAAGGAGCCAGAUGAAAGGCAACAAGAACUCUGGGAGUUUUUAAAUAAUGUUGUAAAAUCUGGGCUACAGUCAUUGCCUUCCAAUAUUGAAAAACAAGAACAAAGUUUAUCACAAGCUACUGAGCUGCAAGACAGUAUGGCAAUUGAAAAUGAAACUAAACCUGAUGAUGAAACAACUGUUGACGUAGCUUGUCCAACUGAGUUUUUGAAGCUUGCUUCUACAGAUUUUGCAGUUACAAGUGGUUCUAUUCCAGAUAAAGAUGACAAUUUUAACACCAGUACAGAUAAUUUGAAUAUGCCAAAUCAUCUCUCUUCCAAUGAUUGUGAUUCAAUGGUGUUGUAUGAUUCUAGCAUUGUAAGGUCUGCCCUCGAUUGCAGAUCUUUGAGCAGUGCUAAUUUGUGUCAUAUUCAGAAUGCAAAUAGAGUUGACCAAAUGUCUAACUAUGAUUCAAGUAUUGUUAGAUCAAAAGUAUGUGCUAGUUCACUUGAAGAAAUCUCUCCUUUUGACUUUAAUAGUGUUCUGCUGAAGUUGUUGACCGAGAGCAAAUCUAGUCCAUCAAUGAUGCAUCAGUACUAUCAAAUUCCUAUGAUGUUUCCCACUGCAAACAUCCCUAAUCUCCUACAAGGGCAGCAGACACCACAGAGUCUUCAACAGCAGCAGCAGCAACAACAGCAGCAGAUGCUGCGAGGACAAGCUGGCUCUCCUGCACAAAGUGAUGGUUUUGGAUCAUCUGCAAACCAGAUGUCCAAUCAGAUGCAAAACUCAGGUUAUCAGCUUAUGACACCUGCUUACAUAGACCAAAAUGGGCAGAUUGUAAACCCCAGAUUGUUGGGUCCUCAAGUUAGACUGGUUUCACCUGCACCACUAUUAGUCAAUCCUGGAGCUCAACAGCAAGGAGGCUCGAAUCAACUUGCCACUAACAAUCCUUUACGUCUCCUCACUACUCAAGGACAACAGACACCACCCGUUGCAAGUAACACACCUUCAACUGGACAGAACAAUGCUUUAGGUUAUUCUCCAACAAGUAGUUUGGGAUAUACUCAGGUGACCACUAGUUUGUUCACUCCUAUUUCCACCAAUCUGGGACUAACUGCACCACAGCAAAAUGGUUUCAGCAAUGGACUUGGAGGCAUCGGAUCAAAUCCACCUGGAACUAUUGGCCAGAGAAGGGAAUCAUUUGACAUGAAACGACAGCAGCCAAUUGCAGGGCUAACUGGCUACUAUGCUCCCCUACCUGGGAUGGCCAGCUCACCAGCUGGAAGUAUUACCAGCAUGAUGACAGGAGCUCAGUCAAUGACGCCACCACCUUCGUUAUCUGGCUCAAACUCUAAUCUCACGCUUGGAUUAAAUAUUGGAGGUAGACCUUACUCUGCAGCACCUGGUGCUGAAGCAGCAAAGUUCAGAAACCCUGGACUAGUUUCACCUGCAAAUGGUCUCUUUGGGAACACCUUUUUUCAGAACAGAACAAUGGCUUCAAGAAGUGCCAGUUUAUCAAAGGAGGUUACAGGACGUAGCAGACUGCUAGAAGAUUUUCGCAAUAAUCGUAUUCCAAAUCUUUCUCUUAAGGAUUUGGUUAAUCAUGUAGUUGAGUUUUCACAAGAUCAGCAUGGUUCCAGGUUCAUCCAACAAAAACUAGAACGUGCUACACCACAAGAAAAAAAUAUGGUGUUUGGUGAGAUUCUUUCAGCUGCAUACUCAUUGAUGACUGAUGUUUUUGGUAACUACGUUAUCCAAAAAUUUUUUGAAUUUGGAUCACCUGAUCAGAAGCAAACUUUAGCACAGAGAGUAAGAGGCCAUGUUUUACCACUAGCUCUUCAAAUGUAUGGCUGUAGAGUAAUACAGAAAGCACUGGAGUCCAUUCCAGCUGAUAUGCAGGUUGAGAUAGUUAAAGAGCUGGAUGGCCAUGUUCUGAAAUGUGUCAAAGAUCAAAAUGGAAACCAUGUUGUCCAGAAGUGUAUAGAAUGUGUGGAUCCAAAAUAUCUGCAAUUCAUUAUUGAUGCCUUUAAAGGCCAGGUGUUUAGUCUUUCUACUCAUCCUUAUGGGUGUAGAGUUAUCCAGAGAAUCCUUGAGCAUUGUACAGGAGAUCAAACGGCACCGGUCCUUGAAGAAUUGCAUGAGCACACAGAACGCCUUGUUCAAGACCAGUAUGGAAAUUAUGUCAUUCAACAUGUGCUGGAACAUGGCCGAAUGGAAGAUAAGAGCAAAAUUGUUAAUACUAUCAGAGGGAAAGUGCUUUUGUUGAGUCAGCAUAAAUUUGCCAGCAAUGUUGUAGAGAAAUGUGUAUCUCACUCAUCUAGACAAGAACGAGCAAUGUUGAUUGAAGAAGUUUGUAACAUGAGUGAUGGAUAUGGACAUCAUUCAGCUUUGUAUUCAAUGAUGAAGGACCAGUUUGCUAACUAUGUUGUCCAGAAAAUGAUUGAUGUUGCAGAGCCACCACAGCGUAAAGUCUUAAUGCAUAAAAUAAGACCACACAUUGCUACACUUAGAAAGUACACUUAUGGCAAGCAUAUUCUGGCAAAACUUGAAAAGUUUUUUAUGAAAAAUAGUCCAGACAUGGCUCCAAUCACUGGAAUUUCUGCUAAUGGAUCAAUGUAAGUACAAAGUGGAAAACCCCAAUUGAUGUAAAAGCACAAUAUAAUGGAAGCAAUGAUCCUUGGAAUAUGGAAUUGUUUGAAUUGUGUUUUUGGACACAGCCAUGAUGCAGAGUUUAUACCAAUACUACUGCUGUUUGUAUUGAUACAAACAAGUGCUUAGCAAGACAAUAUAUCUGAAUGUAAUAUGCUUCACUAGAAUGGGAUUUUUAACUUUAUAGAAUAUUUGCAUGUUAAAUGUCUAAAUGUCUUACAAACAGGCUUUUCUUCCCUUUCUGUACAAUAAAAAUUUUGCUUAUUUUAAUCAAAUGUCAGAUCAAUCACUGUUUGUCCUGAACUAGUAUUAGAAGUGAAUUAAGUUAAAACAUUUGUUUAGAGGUAUGGUAGACAUUCCUAACAAACUGUAAAAAAAAUAUUCUUAGCUAUUUGCACUAUUUAUGCUUCCUGUAUUUAUCAAAGGCCAAAAAUGAUGUAGGAUGUAAUAUAAGCUAAUCUGCAAGAUACAAUAUUUGUAUUUAUUUGUAUUUAAAUGUAUAAGGACAUUUUGUUAUUCUGAAUCAGAUAUCUUGUUGAUGUAAAAAGCUUACUCUUCUCCUAAUUCAAUUGAUGUCAAAAAUGUACACAAAUUACCUUUAUAGUUGUUGAAAUAUAUUGUGUUGAUGUAUAAACAAGAUGGCAUGGUAAUUUCCUGUACAUUAGUAAAUAGACAAUUCUUGGUUAGUGUGUAAAUAAUUUCAGUCAUACCUGGUGAGAGAUGCUAAUUUUACCUCUGCCCUCAUGGUUGUGAAUGUCAUCUAAGUGGAGACUUUGCAUACAUCAUGACUUUUAAGAUAGUGGACUAACAUGUACCACACUAAUCAAUUCUAGCAUCUUUUUAAAUAAAUACAUGCCUUUUGAAAUGUCAAACAUGUAAAUAUAAAGGGUAGUAAAGCAAUUGCACUCUAAAUUUCAUUUGUAAAUUGUCCUUUUGUUAAUUAGUUAUUAUAUAUUUGAUAACAUCAGUAAUGAAGAAUCAAAUUAAACAUUAAAAAUUUUGCUUUUUGGAUCCAAUUAGAUAUCAGUAUUAUUUCUUGACUACUAACAGCAUAAAUAUUUUAAUAUUACCUUUGUAGGUUUCAUGAUCUAACAAGGAAUGUAGUAAAAUGAAUUUAAACAUCUAAGCAGUUCAGUUGUAUUUUAAUCUACAGUAUUAAAAUGUACUAGUAAUUCUUAAACUCUGGUUUAGUGAAGGUUAGCAAUAUUUUUGACAAAUAUCCAGUUUUCGCUGUUUGUGUAGAUUGAUUUCAUAAAAAUCUCAUGGAUUUUUUUUUCCUUUUAAGGUUUAAAUGGGUGUUGGCUUUUCUUUUCUUGGAAUUAAUAAAUUGGCAUCUAUUUUUUUGCCUAAUAAUCUUUUACAGUGCAUAAUCUGCAAUAGCUAUGUUAACUGUAUAAACAUUUUGUUAUUAGAAAAGCACAACUUUGCUACAAACAGUGAGUUUUAUUUUGGUAUAAAAUUAUUGGAAUCGCUGGGCUAAGUGAAAACAUCAAUAAUUUCUUAUAUUAGCCACUGUACAGUGUACUAUAGUGCUUGUUGGAUUUUUGUAUUUACAAGAGGCAAUAUCUAAAUUAACCUCUUCAGUUUAUGUAAUUACAUUUACCAUUUAAUACAUGCUUGUUUUAAUAUUUUAUACAUUCUUUAUUGUAUUAUUUAAACAAGUCAUUUAGUGCAGUGUUUCCCAUUAUUUGGAAUUUUUUGGACCUGCUCUUUGAUUUUCAUCCCAGUUGUAAUCUUUUAUGUGCACUUGUUUUGUUUCCCUCUGGGAAGUUAGUUCACUGUCCCAAUAUUCAGCAAGAAAAUAUUUAAUUAUCCUUCAUUUCAUUAAUCCUUUUGAAUCUGUUUUUUUUUUGCAUUGUUUUUUAUUUUAAGAAUCUGUUUAAACUUUUUAUUGACUAUAAUCAGAAUGUCUAAUCUCUAUGGUAUAUAUCUAUAUAUAUUUAUACAUAUUUUAUAAAAAUGACAUAGGUUUAAGUAGAAUGUAGAUACUGAUUAAUACAAUGUGUGUGUGCAUAGCUCUAACAAUAUAUCAUUGUUGUCAUUACAAUUUAUAUAUAUUUUAUAAUUGAGAACUUUCUCUCUUAAUCAGUUUUUUCUCUAAGUAUUGUGCCUUUGUGUAGUCUAAUGCUUUUUAUUGUGUGCAUUUAUCAUUUUUAUAAGCAAAUGGUUUAUGUGGUGUGUACAUAUUGUCUAGAUAUUGGUCACUUUUUCUUCCCUUGUGGUGGCUGGGAUGUGUACACUUGUACACUUUUUCUUUUAUAGUAAAUACAUGUCCAUCUUUUACACAGAUUUAUGUCAGAAAAUAAUUAUUCAUUGUGCAAGUCAGUAACUUAAGUUAGUUUUUUAAAAUCAUCAUUUUAAGUUUUAAAAAAUUCUUUUAUUGAAUUAAAUCUUGGUAAAGGGGGUGAUAUUGACAUUUCUUUCUGUUUCCAUUUCAAGCAGUAAAUGGAAUAUUUUGGUGAAUUGAUAUUUUCUUCUCCAAAGCAAGUAAUUAAUAAUAGUCAAAUCACGUAGUGCUAGCUUUAUUUCAAAGAUUCCGCAUUGGAUGCGAUUGAAGCACCCUUUGUUUUUAAUUCAAAAAUUUGUUUUUAAGUGUCAACAGUUGUUAGUGUAUAUAGAAUGAAGCCUACUCAUUUUAAGAUAAGCUAAAAUAUAGCUUUUUGUAAGUUAAGAAAUUUUCUCAAUUAGUUACAACAGCAUUGCCUUGUUUUACUAAAUCAUCAGUAGGGAACAUAGAUUGCCAGUUAACUUUUGCUACAAUUUUCAUUGGUCAUAGAAUUUUUUAAAUAAGUACUUUAAACUCAUUGUCAGUAGGUCCAUUAUCCUUGUUUUACUAUGGUACAUUUUUUUAUUUGACUUGAAUUAAACAAGAAAGUCAUUCCAGUUGUCUAUAAGCAAAUGUCAUGGGUAACCCUAUUUCUCUUUGGUCUUGUCAGAUAGAAACAAACCAUAGUAAUAUCUAAUGGUAUGGGAUUUCAGAAUGGCUUCAUUCUGCUUAUAACCCAUUCUGGGACUUUUUCAAAAUUUAAAACUUUAAAAUUCAUAAGCACAAUUUUAAUUUACAAUAAGGCUAGAAUUACUUGUGGAAGAAAUAAGUCUUGUUUUAUAACAAUAACAUUCUAGAAAUGUGUCUGUUUUCUGUGACUGGACCAAAUAUCUGUUUUUGUUAAGUUUUUCAUACAAGUAAAACCAUGUACAUGUUCUCAAGUUUCCAAUGCUAAAUGCUUUGUAUGAAAAAUUUACCAUCACAGCUUGUAAUUUAGUAAACUCCUUUCAAACACUGCCUAUGCAAAUAAAACAACAAAAUGUACAUUUGAGUCAUAAUUGAAAUGUUUUAUUUUUAUUUUAAAAUCAGAUUUAAAUAGAUAUACAUCAUGUUGCCAAGCUCUGAGCUCAAAAGAGUCAGCCUGCUUAGUUGUAACUAAAAGAAAAAAACUGUAAAUAGUCUAUUGCAAACUUAUAUAUAUAGGAAACUGUACAGAAAAGCUUUUUAUGUACCCAAUUAAAAUUUGAUUGCCUUUUUUUUUUAACUUGGACCAGAUUUGACUAUGCUGUUAAUAUUCAGAGGGUUAUUUACCAGGAUAAUAGAAUGUAUUUCCAAUGUCGUGAAUGCUACUGCCGUAGAUUAGAUUAUUAGGAGUAUUUGGAAGAUAACUAUCACCACCACCAGUUAAAAACAUAAGUUUAGCUUUUUUUCUGGUCUAAAUUUCCACAUACUAGCCAUUUUUUAGUUUCUAUUUUAACAAUAGCACUAGUUUCAGAAUUAAGAAAAAAUUAGGGUUUGAUUAUUCUCAACAUUCCCCAGGAUGAGGAAAGUUUGUAAUUACACAUCCAGCAGUAUUUGCCUAUAUACUAAAACUAUCUACUCACCUCUGUGUUCACAUCUGAAUUGUAAUUAAGUAGGUAAAGUUUGUAGAUAUUUUCAAUGUGACAUAAAAAUUAGUUAAACAUUCCAGUAGACACUAGCCGUUUUUAAGAAAUAAAAACAAUUUAACAUGCACAUAGAUCCGUAAUUGUAGGAUAAGUGAAUUUUUUUGUGCAGACUUGCUGACAUUUUUGAAGACUUUAAAUUGAAACAACCAACUUUCCAGUGGGCUAAUGUUUAGUGUAAGCUUCAUUUUUGACAUUUCACAUCACUAUUUAACUAAAGGUGCAUUCAUGAAAAAGCAUUUUAAAUGUACAGUUUGUCUAUUUUAAAAGAACCAAAUUAGAGGCAUACAUGAUGUAUCAGGAAUCUUUUUAUGUAAAAUAUGUAUUGUAAACUUAAUACAGAAAUUAUGCCCUUUAAAAGGAAACUAUUGCAAUUAUUUUGUGUAAAUUAUGUAAUAACUUUCUGAAAAUUUUAGUUUCAAGAAUGUCUAAAAUCUGAAAUUAAUGUUUGAUACCGCUUUGAAUUCUUACUAUAACUAAAAGUGUUAACAUUUUUUUAAGAUAAUAAAACCAAAUGUAGAUCUAUUUCAGCAUUUAAAACCAGAUCAUGCUAGUGUAAACUAUUCUGUACAUACAUAUUCCCGAAGUAAACAAAUCCAUGUGAUUUAUUUAAUGAAAAUAAAAGCUGUAAAAAUGAACAGAAUUUAAGUCAGAUGUAUUGGGUGUUCAGUAACAGUCACUGUUAAUAGUUUUGUACAAUAAAUCACCAUCAUUUGUGAAUACUUUCUUUACUAUACAGUCAGUAGAUUUAUAAAUGAAAAAGUAAAACCUCAUUUCUUGUAUAAAUUGUACAUCAUUCAACACCACAGAAAUAUUGUAUAAAAGUUUUAUAUAUAUAUAUAUCAUAAGUAUACAGUUAGUAUUGAAGUUUUUUAAAGUAAGUUGCAUUUUAAAAAUGGACUGUAAUUAUACUGUAUGAUUUGAUACAACUGUAAUUUAGUGUUGAGCAGAUGAUUUUAUUUAUUUGACAUUGAGAAUCUGUCACCCAAGCAUUUGUUAAUAGUGGUGGUUGGCAGGGUGCAGAGCAUUCACGGUAGCCUUGGUAUCAGCUGGCAUGUUGUAUAUUUUACUUGUACAUGUAUCACAAUUUUAAAUGUGCUCAGUGGAACAACUUCUGUAAUGCUUUUGAAUCUUAACAGCUAUUAUCUGAUUUUAUUUUUAGCUUGUCCAUGCUUCUAAAGUUCUAGUGACCUCCAGCGAACUUAAUUAUUUUGAUUUAUAAGGUUAAUUGGAUUCCAUUUAAAAAGCUAAUUAAAUUUUGAUUUAAAGUUUUGAACUAGUAUGUAACAUGAGAAACUAAGACUGUUGUACUGAUGUCAGUUUGGGAUAGCUUCCUGGUAACUGUUUAAACAUUCAGCCUUUCAAAUUUUAAUUGACUAAACCUGAAGACAUUCUUUGUUGAAUUCAUCUAUGCGUUGACGCACUUGUGUAUACAGAAAGCAAAUUUAUGUCUACAAAUAAAAAUCCCUCCUAUUCUUUCAUUCAAUAUUUUCAUUAACAAAUGAAAAUUUCAAAGCACUAGUGUACAUACAUAGAAAAAAAAAUCUUGUUUUCUAUUAGUCCAUUUAAAAAGGUUUAUUUUUAUUAUAUUUUUAUCAUUACUGAAACAUUUGCAUAGAUCCAUAUAUUAAAAUAGAAUACUUGCAGAAUUCAGUCAGAUAUGUCCAACUAGCAUGAGAAUGUUAUCCAGCAAAUGUGGUGUUGCCUGUCUUUUACUGUCUAAUGUUUACUAUUGUGUGGGUCUGUUUGAUUUCAUUAAUUUUUUUUAUUUUUGGGGAUUUUCCUAUAUAACUCUCUUUACAAUGGCAAACUUGUCCUAUUCUACAGCUUAAUUUUUUUUCCUUUAAGAAAAAAAUGCUUUUACAGCUUAUUUUGUACUUUACAUUUUCAUGAAGAAUUUAGUUAUUUUCUUAACACUUUAAAAAAUAAUUUAAUCAGUUACAAACCUGUAUACUGGAGUUGCAGUAGAUUUCCCACAUUUUAAAUUUGAAAAGAUGAGCCAUUGAGAACAUGGCAAUGCUGCUAUAAAGGUCUAGCAAGGCAGUCUUGUUUGCAAUCAAAGUAGAUUAACACAGUUGUGCUUCUGUUACAAAACAAUGGUUUUCUUUAUUUUUUACUGAUACUUUGAAUAAUUUCACAGGAAGUGGAAUUGUGACAAUCAUUACUUCAGUUUUUUUUGGUGUUCAUUUUGAAAUUAAUCAAAAGGCCUCAGACAGACGCCUAGUGAUUAAAUUUUUUUUAAUUUGGUUUGAAAAUUUCUUAGAAUUUUUAGUUGAUGAAACAAUUCACGUUCUGUUUAUUCUAGAUGUUAAGGAUAAUUAUUCUUUUAAAAACCUUUAAUUGGCUUUCACAAGAUUUUUUGCUGACUAAUUAUUUCCAGUUAAAUUGCACCUUUCUUUGCCAAAACUGUUUAAAAGUAUUUUUUGUUACAUCAUGUUCUGCGGUUGAAGAUGUGUAAAAACAAUCUGCACUUUUGAAAAACAACAAAAUAAGGCCAACCUGAGACUAUUUCUCCCUUCCAUAGAGCUAUUUAAAUGUAAGGUGUGUACACGUUAAGAGUACUAAUCCCGACUACUUUUGUGCACAAAUCAGACGUUGCCGAACUACCCAAAAGCUUACUCUGUUUGGGUUGAAGUACCAUCCUCCCUGCAGCUUACAUUGUUUACUUGCUACCAUUAGAUUUCUCCCAUUUGUUUUUUUCUUUUCCAUUUUUCAACCACCCCAACUUUUAUGUACAUAGUGUGUGGGUUUAAUAGCUCUAUAUACAUAUAUACAAUAUUUUCCCUUAUGAAAUAUCACAUCAAAUAACAUUGAAUAUAUUAUACUGAGGUGUCUAAUUUUGAUUGUAUUUUAAAAGUAAUUUUUUUUCAGACUGCACUUGUUUUCAACAAAAUUCAUAUGGGAAUUUCAAUAUUAGCAUUGUCGUGAAGUUACUUGUAUAGCAAGAUUCACAUUAUCAGAAAUAAAAUGUUUUCAUAUGAAUUUA